GAAUCCCAAGAAGCUGAGUGAAGUGAACGCAAGCGAGCGCACUCAGUCCUGCUUCCACCCUCAGGAAAUCUGUCGGCGGCGGGCAAAGCUGUUAGUCUGAUGACGUCUAUCACGGUGAUGUUCUCACCUCUACCAGCUCAGGCGUAAGUGACGGGUGACCUAACGACUGCUAGACUGUUAACAUAGCAUGUUAAUUUUCGCCUGGCGAUUAGUAGCUAGCUCAUUCCGCAUGGACGGAAAAUCGGCGGAAAACGGCAGAGGAUUUAUCGACGCGGCGCGAAUAGGUCAUCCGUUUCUUCUGGUGCUGAACGUGCUCCUGCUGCUGCUAGUAGCGGUCGAAGUAUGGCCGCGACUCACGGGCGACGGACCGACCUGGGGAACGCGUAGCGCGUGGGGAUUGCAGCAGCCAAUAGAAGCGCUGCUGAGUUCGCCGGGCUCGUCGAUAAGAUCGAAAGGGCAUCACGGCAGCAGCAGUGGCGCCUCGCGUGCUGCAUCAGACUGCGCACAAAGUCCAUCCGAUGCCGCCCUUGGCCCAUCCGAUGCCGCAUUGUAUCACAUUUGCUGGUCUUCAGAACCCCUGGUCAACAGCAGUACACCGGCAGCAGCAGCAGAGGGGGUGGUGGUGAGUGGUAGAGGGUGCAGUGAGUGCGUGCGGGGGGAUCUGUGCAGCAUGCACGUGUGGGUGAGGCCGCCUGCCCAAUGGGUGCUUCCUUGGAGGGGCGUUGCGAAGGGCGGGGAGAAUGAGAGCGGCCGGGAUAGUGAGAGCGGCAGGGAGAAUGAGAAGGGAAGUGAGAGCGAGAGCACGGACAACAACAGCAGGGAGGGAGAGGCGGGGAGGAGCAUGAGCGAUGAGAGCAGUGAGGCGGGCAGUGAGGGACAUGAGAGCAGCGAGGCGGGCAGUGAGGGACAUGAGAGCAGCGAGGCGGGCAGUGAGGGACAUGAGAGCAGCGAGGCGGGCAGUGAGGGACAUGAGAGCAGCGGCAGCAACGACAACAGUAGCAGCAGCACUUCUACCAGCAGCAGUGGGAACGAAAGUAGCAGCAGCAGCAGCAGCAGCAGCAGCAAGCACAGUUGGUGGAAGAAGGACGUGACUCUCUCCCUGCAGGGCCCGGCUCUGGGGUACGGCGAGGUGCAGUGCCUUGACCCCCCGGCCUGCUCGCACCUGCUCGUCUCCUACCGACUAUGGGACGUGGGGAAUUACAGAGCCUCUCUCCACGUGGGCUGCUCCAAUCUCAACUUCUCUCCUGCCUUCGCCGCCCAUUUUAAGUCCACCUAUCGCCAUGACCUUGCCACGUGGACCCUCUCCAUUCGCUGGCCGGAGCAGUCGGCUUCCGAGAAGCUUCCUGCCACUGCUGAUGGUGUUACCGCUGCUCCUGCUCCUGCCGCUCCUGCUGCUGCUGCUGCUGCUGCUGCUGCUGCUGCUGCUGCGGCUGGUGCUCCUGCUGCUCGUGGUGAUGGCGAUUCUGGUAGCGAUGGGGGUGCUGAUGCUGCUGCUGUGGCGGAUGCUGCUGCUGUGGCUGAUGCUGCUGCUGCGGUUGAUGCUGCUGCUGCUGCUGAUGAUGACAGUGCUGGCCGCUCAAAAUCAGAAGAUAGGGUCCUUCUGGAUGACGUGGCAGCAGCUGGUGCUAGUGAUGUGGCGGUUCGGGAAGGCAAUAAUCAGGCGUCAACUGCCACCUCCCCAGAUACCACCUUCCCAGAUACUGCCUCUUCAGAUAACACCUCCUCCAACAAGCUAGCCUCCCCCUGCACACGCUCCUCCGUCCCUGGUCGGUGGAAGCAGGUGCACACCGGCAAGUACACCUGGGCUUUCUUCCCCUGUGCGCCAGCGGAAACCGCUCCCAACCGUUGGAUAGAAAGGCUUGCACAGAAGGGAAUCAAUGAGAUCAACAUAGUGGGGGACUCGCACCAGCGGGUGCUAUCGGCCCACCUGCACUUCCUGCUGUCAGGGGAGGCGGACAAGAGGAUAAGGAAGGGGCACUCGGACUUCAGCCUUGAGUCGAGGAACGAGCGGGAUGAGACGCUCAGGAUCAACUUCUACUGGGUGGAUGGCAUCUACCGCAACGAAGAGUUCGGGUGCAGCCAUCGGGGUGUGUACACCCAUCGCAACACUACAUUUCCAGACGAUAUAUCAACAACAGCUGACGUCACCAUUCUAGAAGCGGGCUACUGGGCAAAUAAACGCUGCUUAGAGCCAGUCCAAGCGAUGCGAGCCCACCUCCCAGAGUAUCUCAACUGGGGAGUGCAGUUCGCCGCCCGGACCGGCAAGCCGAUAGUACUGCGCACGGCUCCUCCGGUGCCUAAUGGGGGCGACCACUGCUCUCGCUCCGUGGGGCCGGGGGCAUUUGUUGGGCCGGCGACGAAUUUGGCACUUAUGGAGUUAAAUCGGUUGAUGCGGCAGCUGGCAGCAGGUGGUAACAGAGUUGACAGUAAAGGUGGUGAGAAGCAUGAAGAUGGCAAUAAUAAAGGUGAUAAUGACGAAGGUGGCAUUCUAGAAGGUGGUACCGGUAAUAGCGAAACAGGUUAUAGAGAAGCAGACUCCAAACCAGCUCAAGCAUGGGAUGAAGCGUCAAUAUCGAGGGCGUUUACUGUAGAUGGGAAGCGGGUCGCAUCGUCCGUCCCAGUGUUUGAUUCGUGGAAGAUCGAGGCGCCUCGGUACAUGGACGUGUGUCCGAAGAAGGACCACCACUAUUCGUGUUACAAGGAGUUCCCCGAUAAACAUCCCGAGAUCCGAGGGCCCGUGGGAGAGGCGGUAGCCCGUUCAUUGGUACACUUCCUGCUCCACGAGCUAUAAGGUCAUCAUAGAGGUUUGUUUAUUCUA